AAAAUAAGGGCAACAGGCUCAGCUGCUUCAAAGUGUGUUUGAGGGCUGAAAGGACUGAGUACACACAUGAGAACAAAGAGGAAGGAGCAAGACUGAGUGCCUGGGUAACACUUUCAAUACCUCAUUAAGAAGUGGAGCUUCUGAGAAAAGCGGUUCAAACAUGUUGUGGAUUUAAAAAGACAUGCAAGAAUGAAAUCUCUGGACUGAAGAAGGCAAAGCCUGGAGUGAAUCAUGGCCAAUGCGACCUCUUUGACAUCACCCAUGAAUCAGUCGCAUCCUGGCAAUAUCAUCACCCCAGAAUACAGUGAUGUGGAGCUUGUAUUUCUUGGCGUUGCUAUGGCUAUUCUUGUUGUAGCAAUAGUUUUGGGUAAUGUGAUGGUAAUUACUGCCAUCCUGCGCUUCCAGAGGCUCCAGACUAUCACCAACCUCUUCAUUGCCUCACUGGCUGUUGCUGAUCUCAUCAUGGGUGUGAUCGUGGUCCCUUUCAGCUCCAGUAACAUCUUGCUGCAAAGUUGGAAGUUUGGAAACUUUAUGUGUGACUUCUGGACGGCAACUGAUGUGUUGUGUGUGACUGCCAGCAUAGAAACACUGUGUGUGAUUGCUCUGGACCGCUACCUCGCUAUUACAAGGCCGCUCCGCUAUACAACACUGCUCACCAGGGCUCGGGCCUUCAUGGUGGUGUUUGUGGUUUGGGCAGUGGCCUCACUCAUCUCUUUCUUGCCCAUCUAUCUCAAGCUCUGGGUGUCAGAUAAACCCCGCGCUAUAGAAUGCCGAUUAAGCGAGACCUGCUGUGAAUUCAACACCAACCAAGGAUAUGCAGUAUCUUCUUCGAUAGUGUCUUUCUAUCUGCCUCUGGUGGUGAUGAUUUUCCUCUACACCCGUGUAUUCCAAGAGGCUCAAAAGCAGCUGGAAAAAAUCAGAGGAAGGGAGCGGCACUUCUUCCACCUGCAUAAAUCUGCACAACGGACUUAUCCAGAUGACAGCCCCUCACUGAAUAAACUCAGGACAGGAGCAGAUGGAGAGGACAGACUAAACAUGCAGCAAACAGAGGACUCAGAUAGUAGGCAAGAAGAAAAGGGGGAAGAAAACAGAGGGAAGACGGAAAAAGAAGGAAAGCAGUCUGCUGCUAAGCGUCUCAGGAUCUGUCUUUCGCAGCACAAGGCUGUGAAAACUUUGGGGAUCAUCAUGGGAACUUUCACAUUAUGUUGGCUACCUUUCUUCAUCCUUAAUAUCGUCAUAGCUUUUGUGGAUCUCAGUGGCAACAGGGACCUUUUCAGAUUCCUUAAUUGGCUGGGUUAUUCCAACUCAGCCUUCAACCCCCUCAUCUACUGCCGCAGUCCGGAUUUCUGGCACGCCUUUCAGGAGAUACUUCAUUUAAGGGGAGGGAACUCAAGAUGGAAGGGGGCAUUUGGAUGGUGCAGUGACAGACACGGUUACUCUAAGUCGCCACGGAGGCAGAACGGAGACUCGAACUUUGAUCGUGUGAGGGGUCUGAGCAGUCGGGAGAAAUCCGGCUGGAGAGGAAGUCUGGAGAGCUCAAUACGAGGCAGCUCACUGACCCUCGCUCUACAAGCAUCGGGUUCUGAGCAGGUUCUAGAUGUAGCUCCGGGUUCUCUGAGCAGCUGGCAGCAAAACAGCUCUGACAGUAGGACUUGUAGAGAAAAUAUUGCUUCUAUUGCUUGACCAAAACUAUGUAUGAAACAUUGCACCCCUAAAUUAUAUUCAAACAGCAUUUGCUGAAUUGUUUGUGUGACAGACUGACUUAAGCUUCUGGUCUAUGAAGUAGCCAGAAAAUGUAAGGUUACAUUUGCUCAGUGUUUUUGUGGUUAUUCAAGGUUUCCUGUUCUUUUCUACAAUCGUUUUUCAAUUGUAUUUAAUAGACUAAAAUAAAAAAAAGCAAUCUGAGGAAAAAUUUGGCAUUAAUAAAUUCACACAAAGCAUUUAUUAUUUUAAUAUUCAAAAACACAUAUGAUAUAAAUAUGCAACUUGUCAAAAUGUUUUCUUAUAUUUCUGUGUAAGCUGUGACUUGAACAACAGAAAAAAAGGAAAUAUUGUAAUAUUAGACUUGUUGUAAAACAACGGAGGAGUAUUGCAUUCAUCAAGAAACAAAAAGAUACUGGUCUGUUUUUCUGAAUAAAAAAUAUAUUUUUUUCUGAAUUUAAAUUAAAUAAAUAAAUAAAGAUAUUCUGUUUGUGUGGAUUAACAGAUCAUUUUUACAAAAACAAUUAAAACCGUUCUGUUUUUACUGAAUUAAUGAAAUAAUGCUGCUGGGAUUCUAUAGAGGAGAAGCUACAAUGUUUGCUGAGUUGAAUUCAUCUUUAUGUUCUUUUGGGAUUAAAACCCUGGGAAAUUGUUUUUUUCUCUUAGUUAUGAAGACUUUGCAAAGACACCUGCUUGCUGGCCGCUACUCAUUGCAGUUUAUCAUGUAAUUCUGAAAAACAGGACUUUUUAAAAUUUAUUUUAUUUAAAAUGAUCUUGUUAAUUCAGAAAAAACAUCCCAGUUUCUUUUUUUUUCAGGUGAAUGCAAUCUGUUUCCAAAUUAAAAAACAGUCUAUUUCAGCCCAAACAAAACUUAAGAUGUAGUCCAUAAUUUUAAAUGAUUAAAAUACGUUAAUAAAUGCUUAAAUGUAACAUUUGACACAGCUCUACGACAUAGAGAAGACAAUCUGUCAUAAUUAUUGAUUUAACUAAUUAUGACAGUUCUUUAUGGGUAAAAAAAAAUUCCAAGACAAAUGUCUGCAUCAUCAACCAAUAGAUUUGCAUGUUUACCUUAAGGGAGCUGUCAUUGGGUGAUUAUGAAGCACCUGUCUGGGUGAAAGGGCCCGUCAGUUGGACGGUAUGUGUGCAAUAAAGAAACCAAAACAUGGACCGAUUAUUAAUUCUGCUUUUUCUGUUCUUGUUUAAGAAAAGUUAUGGACCACAGCUUUAAGUCUAGUGCUGCAAAGAAACCAAUCUGCACCUAAAAGAAAUUAAGACUAAAAACCUGGCUUAAGUUUACAAAAUAAUUCACAUUAAUUGAAUAUUCUUUAAUUUCCUAAUAUAUUUCGGUAUUCUAUCAACCCUUAAGGUUAUGAAUGGUACUAAAUUUGUGAUCUAUCUCUUUAGAAGAUAUACUUUCUAUGGUUAUUUAAGACCAAAAGAUAUUAUCUAAAAUGGAGGACUCCAUUAUUCAUUGCCUUGCCAAAAUAUUGAGUCUUGAAAAUGGUAAAAGUUGGUUAUAUAACCACAAACUUCAGGGUAUUUCAUAAAUAAAACACAUUGUUGUGCCUAAAUAUAAAAUGGGAGGUUUAUUUUUUUUAAGGAAUAAAACCUGACAUAUGUUUAGUGGAUUUGUAGGUAGCCUCCUUUAUUUUGAUGCUCUUGAACAAAAACGUGAAGAGUUGGGAAAGAGAAACAUCUGAAACCGAGCUGCGGCCCCAUUAUGCAACCUUCUUUCUGGUUAUGCCUUGAUAGCCAAUUUUAAAAAAAGUCUGUAUCGCUUCACUGUAGCUGAACUAUGCAGGCAAACCAACAUCAAAUACAUUUCACUGACAGCCAAAGGUGUUAGAGAGACUGGGAUACAGCUUUAUUGGUAAUAUUUAGGCAUUAUGAAGAUAAAUGGACAACAGCAGUGGGCAUAAUACAAACCAUAACCUAACUAAUUAUUAUCACAUUCUGAAAAAACAGGAAAACAUACAGCAAAAUCAACAGGGAGACACUCGGAUAAUUAAAACAAAAGACUCUCUAAAUAAUGAAGGGAUUUCUGGAAAUAAACCAGACAAUGUAUUUAUUUAACAUUAAAUAAAGGGUUAUUAGGAUACUUUAGAUACCAAUUAUAAAUAGUUUGGGGUUUUUUUUUGUUUAGAUUGAUAUAACAAACUUUUUUAUAUUACAGACAUUAUAUAUAUUCCAGACUUGUGUCCCAAAUGUUUAAAAUUUCCCCAAA